AUGCCUCCCCUUGCACUCGUUCUCCUCCCUUUCCUUGGCCCCGCACUCGCCCUUCCCGCGCCUACGCCGCGCGCCGCACUGCUCGACACGACCUCCUACUGCGGCCAAUGGGACACCGUCACCGCCGGCCCGUACAUCCUCAACCUCGACCAAUGGGGCAUCUCGAACGCGACGGGCUCUGACUGCGCCAACCUCGCCAGCCUCAGCGGGAACACCAUCGCCUGGGAGAGCGAGUGGUCCUGGUCCGGCGGCAGCGGCGUCAAGACGUUCACUAACAUCGAGCUCACCGACGGCAUCAACGUCCAGUUGAGCGCCAUCAGCUCCAUCGACUCUUCCUGGUCGUGGAGCCAGUCCGGUUCGGGCACCAUCGUGUCGGACGUCGCCUACGACCUCUUCACUUCCGCGACCUCCGGCGGCUCCUCCGAGAACUACUGGGAGAUCAUGGUCUGGCUCGCCAACUACAGCUCCGGCCCGAUCUCCUACAACUACGACUCCUCCGGCAACGCCGUGCCCAUCGAGACCGGGCUCUCCCUCGCCGGACACACCUGGGACCUCUACUACGGCUCCAACGGCUACAAUUACGUGUACUCUUUCCUCCCGUCGAGCACCGUCGCGAGCUUCGCGGGCGACGUCAACCUCUUCCUCCAGUACCUCACCUCGGCGCAGUCCCUCCCGAGCACCCAGUACCUCACCACGUUCGAUGCCGGCUCGGAGGCUACUAGCGGCAGCGACGUAACGCUCACGACGAGCGCAUACUCCGCGGUCAUUUCGUCUUGA